AUCAGUUUGCGACGAUGCAAGUUGACAUUUUGGAACAUCUUGAAAAAGGUAAGGCGAAUCUGGAUGAUUACUACAAACAACGCGCUCAGUGGGCACAAUUCAUUAUGGGUGUUUCGGCACCAAGUUUAGUCGAUCAACAAGUACCAAAUUCAACAGUCGAUCGACAAGUACCAAAUUCAACAGUCAAACGAAAAGUACCAAAUUCAACAGUCAGACGAAAAGUAUUAGAUUCACCAGUCCGUCGAAAAGUAGGUUCAACAAGUUUAGUCGAUCCAAACAAAACCAGAGAAACUAUCACUUAUCAAUAUUUAAUUGAAAAACUCCACGAGAAAGCUACGAAAGUUUUUUUUGAAUACGCUCUAACACCUAUGUUUACACUCUGUGAGGACGAUGUUGUUUCAUAUAUUACAACUUCGUUAGAUUCGUUCAUUGAAUUUUUCAGUUCAAUUUCUCUAGACGCUGAGUUACUAAAGAAUAAAAAUGUGGCACAAAUUAAUGUAAAAUGGGUAGAGAUGGUCGCACAAUGCAAUGACAUAAAAUUAUAUCUCACAACAUAUGCAACUAUUUCUGCUCAUGUCCCCCAUGAAAUACAAUCUAUAUAUAAUACGUGGCAAAGUUCGAGCAUCAGUUCAUCACAAGAAGAAGACAUUGAGACUAACUUAUCUGGAAUAAAAGAAGUUCAUGGAAUAUAUCAUAAAGCAUUUAUAGGCCUCAUACAUGAAUUGAUUGGGCAAUUCCUUAAUUUUGGAGAAGCCACAAAUGACAUUUACAAUGAGUUACUCACAUCUGAUUUAAAUAGAUUGAAGAAAAAAUUAUUGAUUUAUAAUAGAUCCCAGGACGAAAUUACAUAUAAAUUUGAAAACGCAUUGAAAAUUUUGCAGAAUUAUUGUGAUCGACGCAUAAAUUGGGCGAAAUCCAUAAUGGGAAUCCCAAUAACACUAUAAAUUUAAAUGAUUCUGUGGAAUAUGAAAAUAAUGCUCUAGAUAAAACGGACUUUUCGAAAAUUCUCUUGACCAACAUUUUCGACCACGUAAUCGUUGAAAUUAAUUUCUUUGAAAAGAAUAUUUUGAAUGGCUGAGUAAAUUUAGUUUUAAAAUUGUAAUAAACUAUUUUAAAACAUUUAAAAUUAAA